CACUUGAGCUUUUGAAUACCUGCACCUCCUCCUCCCUUAGUGUAGGUCUCUCAUUGUAUUGAAAAAAUGAGCGACAGCAUUGCCACCAUGAAAAGUGAAGAUGUAUUAUUUGAUCUUUUAGAAAAACAUGGUGCUCGACCCUCUUUAUCAGGUAUGGAUUGGGCACGACAGAACUGGUAUAACUUGCAGAGUGUUUCGGACCGUAUUAGUGUUCUGCAAAACAAUGCUCGUACCCGAGCUGGAAAAGGAAAGUCGUUUAUUUGUGCCGUACUCGGGGCUACUUUAAAAGCAGCCGUGGAGUUCCGAGAUGAAAAGCAUUCGGCAGAACUCCAAACCAUACAAGCACUGCAGGAAUCGGUUAGAGUUACACAAGAAUUGGUAAAAACUCUGCAGAAUCAAAUAGGGAACCUUGAGGAACAAUUAGAAAGAGAGAAAUGUAAUUCGGCUUUGUUGCAAAUGGCUUUUAAGGAACUGCUAACGUGUAAGCAUGCCAGCCAUACCGUCACCCAUAGUUUGCCUCGAGAAAAAACUUUUCCUCAAGUGGAACUACCAGGAAUGAAGGAAAGGCUAGAUAAAUUAGAAACUCCAAUAGCCCCAUUGCGUCCUUUGAUAAAAACUGAAUACACAUUCGAUAACAGUGAGGAUCUAGAUCCUCAAAUGAAUGUUAAAGAAAUUCCCUUCUCAGCCACUGAACUAGCAAAAAUAAAAAAGGAUUUUAGCCGCUCUCCAAAGGAAUCAGAGACAGAAUAUGUAUGGAGGGUUAGCCUCACUGGUGGAGACCAGAUUCUGUUAACAGAAAAGGAAGCAGAAGGUUAUUGGGGACCAGGAGUAUUUUUAACUACUGGCAACAGUCGUGCUCCCUGGUCAUUAACACAAAGGGCUGCCUAUUGGGCAGGUGGUCUCAACCCUUUAGAACGGGGAGACCCUCUUGCCAUUACUGGAACAACUGAUCAGUUAGUAGAGAGUGUUCAAAAGGCUGCUUGUCUCCAAAUGAUGUAUGAUAGAAAGCUGCAGCCACACCAUGAAUCACCUAUGAUGAUGCCUGUUGAUCCUGAGAGAAUGACUGCUUUAAUUAAGGGGCUUCCAGAGUCGUUAAAACCUAUAGGUAUACAACUGCAAGGAAAAAUACAGGCAAUGCCUCAGGGAGAGAGAACCCAGCCAGUGUUAAAAGGAACUAUAACCCCCAACCAUCUGCAGUCAGGAAACAAAGUGUGGACGUGGGGAGAAGUUGCCCAAGAGUUAAUUAACUAUGGAAGGAAAUAUGGGCCAGUGGUUUCUUCCUCCACUAAAUUUGAGCCAAGUGAAGUAAGACUUGCAGCAGUCAGCCUUGCCCCCAGGCCUCCUAGCCCAAAGCUCAGUGGGACUGGAAGGGUCUCACUGUCAGUAAAAAUAGGUAGGCGAAAUAUUGAUCAUAAACGUAAUUGUCUCUGGACACUGGGCUGGCAAAAGGGUGUUCCACGAGAUUUGAUGAAUGGAUUACCCACUGUCAGGUUGGAGAAAUUAGUUAACUGGUGGCCAGAACAAAAGCUCCAGAAUCUCGAGGAAAGCAAAACCCCAGGUCCUAGGGUCUCUCCCAGGGAACCUGAACGGCUAUCCAAGCCAUUAGAAAACUGACGUCUUCGCCCCUCCCAAGUGAGCGGGGUGGGGGCGGUGAAGGGUGGAUGCAUGAGAAAGCUCACAACAAAGGGAAACAAGAUCGUCGAUUUAAACCUUUUGCUAAAAGUCUCACCACUCUUGCCAGUUAUCCCUGUGAGUCACGAUCCAGUGGCUGAUAAGCCAGGGAAACACUGUUACCUCCCUGGCCAGACUGUGUCGAUUGACUCAGCUAACCUGAGGCCAGUUCCCCUAACCUUAACAAGAUCCCUUAACAAAUAUCUUUGGAAGGCUAAAGACACCCCGAAAAAGGAAUAUGAAAUCAACACUUGCUGGAUUGUUCCCUCAUUUUUUAACCAUAUUAACAAGGCCCAAAAAGGGCAAGUCGGUGUCUUGUUUUAUUUCACAGAAGAUCCCCGUGGGACCUUGACAGAACACAAAAAGGCUAAUAGCUGAUUUUAACUAUUUGUGUUUUGUGACAGAAAUACUGAAGAUUUGAUCAUGCUAGAACACUGAAUGUACCUCUUGAUUACAUUUUUUGGUUGCAAUAGUGUUAUGUUUUGUGUUAUGGGUGUGGGUGGUGAUUGGUAUCAGUCCUUGGAUCUGUUAAACUUCACAACUGAGUUCAGGGGUUUUUUACAGGUCAUCCUGGCUUGCUGGUACUCCCUGCACAGUGAUGCCAUUUCUUUUGACCCCUUCUUUCACCCCUUUUUACCAAACUGAUUAUGAUUUGCAUGUAACUCCUCCACAGUGUUUCCAAAUUCCUAACAAACUGGGAAAUGAAUCAAGGGACCCAUCUAAUAUCUGUUAGAUGUGGUCACAAAAGAAAUCUAUCAUAAAGCCUUUUGCACUGAUGCUUUUCAGUGUCACACCAGUCCAGGAGUUCCAUCCAAAACAUUGUUGGAUGUUGUUGGAACAUGGUUUCCAACAUGGUUGUUGGAAAGUGCCUAAGUUUUAAAAGAGAAGUGUAUGUUUCUGGGAUUACCCCUCUUUGAUGGUUUGUACUGUGGAGGUAUCCUGCACACACUAUCCUGUGAAAAGUUCUGUGGACUGUAACAAUACUUGAACUUGCCAAACUAAUAUUUAUAUCUCUCAGCAUUUGAAUUGCUUUGGAAAUGCUCAAGUGUAAAGUUCUUGAGACACUAAAUUAUCUUAGAAAACAUUCCAUGGCAAGUCCACAUGUUGUCAAAUUAGACUAGAUAUGCUUUUAGUAAAUUAACUGAAGUGUAAUAUUGUGGAGCUAUUCAUAAACACCACAACCUCUACUGAAGAAUUCCCAUCUGGAUCCUGGCUUACACUGGGAGUUCCUGGGUGGGGAAAGCAGCUGACACAAAUACCUAAGUUUGUUUUACCUAUUUAUUUAUUAUUAUUGGUUAUUGUUAAAUGUAUGGUUGUCUCUUUUCACUUUCUACAUUUUAUUCAACAUGUAACAUUUGUGCCACCACUCCUGAGGUGUCACCGAGUGGUGUCUGUGGAAAACUGAAUGAUUCUAAUUGUUGUCUAAAAACUGAUGAUAAUGGUGAAGUUGUUAAACAAAUUGCCCAGGGUAUACGGAAGAUAGCCCAUGUUCCUGUCCAAACCUGGAAGGGCCUAGACGUUGAUUUCUUUUCCUGGCUUCCAGGUGGCCCAUGGGUCAAACGUAUCCUAUUUUCUCUACUGUGUGUUGUUGCAACUCUUAUGUUUGCACCAUGUUUGACUCCAUGUUUUAUUCAACUUAUACAACAUGUUGUAUCCUC